CCCGGGGGCGUCGGUUCCCUCGGGCUGUGGAGCCACCUCCGGGCAGCAAAGCGCUGUGAGGUUUAGGGGUGGGAGUGUGAACCUCUGCCCUCUUUCCAUUGGCCUGCCUUUCCCCGGGGGUGCCAGAGGCAGCGCCCCGGGAUCCGGCGGCAGGUGGCGACGGCUUGCUCAGUCGCCCCGCUCUUUGUGAGGGGAGAAGAGAAAUGGUUGAGGGUGGAAGCAGGUUUGGGGCGCUUCGUAAAGUUCUCCAGCCCGGCAAGUCGGCGGUGGGCUGGGGGCCCACACCUCUGGUCCUGCCCGACGCUGCUCCCACCCAGAGACCUCUGGGAAAGGUCUCUAAGUGACACCGGGGCCAAUGCGGCCCAGGGGAGGGGGUUCGAAAGAGACUCCCUUUGCAAGAUGUGUACAUCGGGCAUGGGACGCGGAAGGGACUGGCCAGAGAAGUUACCUGAAAUCAACUAAAUUCCUGCGCUUGCUUAUUGUUGACAUUUGAAUGAAAUCCAAGAUGUUCUGCUUUUCUCCCGGGCAGCCCUGACAUGUCAGCAACAGGCUGAGGUUCCGGCCCUGGAAUCUUAUAGCGAAGAGAAAGCUCCGUUGUAUAUCUUAAGAGAGGAUGUCUGAACUUUCUCGUGAUCCUAGGCACGAUGCGAUCUGUUUGGGUCGCUGAACUAACUCCAAGCUGGUGUGCAAAGUAUCUGAGCAGUGGCCGGCCCGAGAGCUGGAGUCACCAUGGCGGCGGGAGUUGCAGCCUGGCUGCCUUUUGCGCGGGCUGCGGCCAUUGGUUGGAUGCCGGUGGCCAACUGCCCCAUGCCCCUUGCCCCCGCGGACAAGAACAAGCGGCAGGAUGAACUGAUCGUCCUCAACGUGAGCGGGCGGAGGUUCCAGACCUGGCGGACCACACUGGAGCGCUACCCCGACACGCUGCUGGGCAGCACGGAGAAGGAGUUCUUCUUCAACGAGGACACCAAGGAGUACUUCUUUGACCGGGACCCAGAAGUGUUCCGCUGUGUCCUCAACUUCUACCGCACAGGAAAGCUGCACUACCCACGCUACGAGUGCAUCUCCGCCUACGACGACGAGCUGGCUUUCUACGGCAUCCUCCCCGAGAUCAUCGGAGACUGCUGUUAUGAGGAGUACAAGGACCGCAAGAGGGAGAAUGCCGAGCGGCUCAUGGACGACAACGACUCGGAGAACAACCAGGAGUCCAUGCCCUCGCUCAGCUUCCGCCAGACCAUGUGGCGGGCCUUCGAGAACCCGCACACCAGCACCCUGGCCUUGGUCUUCUACUACGUGACUGGCUUCUUCAUCGCCGUCUCGGUCAUCACCAACGUGGUGGAGACGGUGCCGUGCGGCACGGUGCCUGGGAGCAAGGAGCUGCCGUGCGGCGAGCGCUACUCGGUGGCCUUCUUUUGCCUGGACACUGCCUGCGUGAUGAUCUUCACCGUGGAGUAUCUGCUCCGGCUCUUCGCGGCGCCUAGCCGUUACCGCUUCAUCCGCAGCGUGAUGAGCAUCAUCGACGUGGUGGCCAUCAUGCCCUAUUACAUUGGCCUGGUCAUGACCAACAACGAGGACGUGUCCGGUGCCUUUGUCACGCUCCGGGUCUUCCGCGUUUUCAGGAUCUUCAAGUUCUCCCGCCACUCCCAGGGCUUGCGGAUCCUGGGCUACACACUCAAGAGCUGUGCCUCUGAACUCGGCUUUCUCCUCUUCUCCCUCACCAUGGCCAUCAUCAUCUUUGCCACUGUGAUGUUUUAUGCUGAGAAGGGCUCCUCUGCCAGCAAGUUCACGAGCAUCCCUGCUUCUUUUUGGUACACCAUUGUCACCAUGACCACAUUGGGCUAUGGAGACAUGGUGCCCAAGACAAUUGCAGGGAAGAUCUUCGGCUCCAUCUGCUCCCUGAGUGGCGUCCUGGUCAUUGCCCUGCCAGUGCCUGUGAUCGUUUCCAACUUUAGCCGGAUUUACCACCAGAAUCAGAGAGCUGAUAAACGCAGGGCACAGAAGAAGGCCCGUCUUGCCAGGAUCCGUGUGGCCAAAACAGGCAGCUCCAAUGCCUACCUGCACAGCAAGCGCAAUGGACUCCUCAACGAGGCCCUGGAGCUGAUGGGCACCCCGGAAGAGGAGCAUAUGGGCAAGUCCACCUCGCUCAUCGAGAGUCAGCACCAUCACCUGCUGCACUGCCUGGAAAAAACCACUGGGUUGUCCUAUCUUGUGGAUGAUCCCCUGUUAUCUGUACGAACCUCCACCAUCAAGAACCAUGAAUUUAUAGAUGAGCAGAUGUUUGAGCAGAACUGCAUGGAGAGUUCAAUGCAGAACUACCCGUCCACAAGGAGCCCCUCACUGUCCAGCCACCCGGGCCUCACUACCACCUGCUGCUCCCGUCGUAAUAAGAAGACCACACACCUGCCCAAUUCCAACCUGCCGGCCACUCGCCUGCGCAGCAUGCAAGAGCUCAGCACGAUCCACAUCCAGGGCAGCGAGCAGCCCUCCCUCACUACUAGUCGAUCCAGCCUUAAUUUGAAAGCAGACGACGGACUGAGACCAAACUGCAAAACAUCCCAGAUCACCACAGCCAUCAUCAGCAUCCCCACUCCCCCAGCGCUGACCCCAGAGGGGGAAAGUCGGCCACCCCCUGCCAGCCCCGGCCCCAACACGAACAUUCCUUCUGUAGCCAGCAAUGUCGUCAAGGUCUCCGCCUUGUAAAACCACUGGAUGGAGGGCCAGUGCGGGGAGUGGGAGCGAAGGGGGCUGGCAUGUUGGUGGGUGGCCACUGGGACCACUCCCUCCCCCCUUCCCCACUCUUUCUGCCUGCCCCGUUGCACCCCUAGCACUGAAACUUGUGCCUGGAAGGAAAAAGAGGCAGCGAAGGGGCACCUGAGGCUCACUGCUGCUGGCGUGGACACAGCCCUGUGACACUGCAUCUCACUGGGGCCAGAGGAAGGGAGGGUGGGUGGGGUAGGGGAUGGGAUGGCGGGGGUAUAGGCUGCGUGCCAGGACAGGGCCUGGAGGGGGGAGCCUCAGACCAAAUAACGUUGUUUCUGGAGACCCAGUGAGGAAGAUCCAAGACCAAGAGCAGCACAGAGGCCGAGUUGUCACAUGCAAAACAGGAAGAAAAUAUAACACUGUGUAAUUAAGCACCUUUUUCAAGGCUCUUAAUGGAUAAUAUUUAUUCAUGGGAAAAGGUGGAAAACAAAAACACCAACGGAUUUUUGUGAAAUGUUUUUCUCCAUGGACCCAAUACCUUUGAACCAAAACAAUGCAUUUUGUGAGGUUUUUUUUUUUUUUUUUUCUCCUUUUAUAGCAAAAGCUUUUAGGCUAAGAAGUCAGUUAUAGCUGAGUUCUCUCUCCAUUCCCCCAGGUGGGUCAGGUCAACUGAGCCAGGGCCCCCACUGCCCAGCUGACCUGCAGAGCUGCCAAGUGACCACACAGCUACACUUCCCCUGUGUCUGUCCCUGUCUUCUGUGUCUCUGUACUUCUUAGCUUCACUCCCUGGCUGUAUUUCUCUGUGUCCAGCCAUCUGUCUCUACAUGGACCCCCGCGAUCCUGAGAGAUGUUAGUAAAGGCUUCUCCACUGCCAGGCACCGCAGACUUGUGCCUGGGAGCUGUAUUGUCUGAACGCAACUGUGUAAGAGCAAACAAUGAAGGGAAAACAGGAGAGUUGAGGGAUGAGGGAAGUCUACUUUAUAGAAGAAAGUGCUUCCCUUGUGGUUGGAACCACUGGUGUUUGCAGUUUCCAUUUCUGGGGGAGAGAGGGAAUGACUGGACUGAUCACACUGGGAUCUUGAAAAGGAAAGAGCCAACACCUGAGAAGCACAGUCAACUCUGGUGGGUGCCAGUGAAGCAAGACCAGAAGAACCCAGGGCUCACAGCAGCAGUUGGCCCCCGUGGCACCUUGCUAUGUGCCCUUCUUUCAGGACCCACCAUAAAGCUCAUCCAGAGCUCUGCCAAGAGGCCCCAUGAGCAGUUUCCUGCAGAGGGGGCAGUGGUAUGGGAACCAAGCUACUGACUUAUCUCCCACCCGAGGCAACUCCCACAUGGAGGCUGCAGGUUAAGCCUGUGUGCCUCAUGAAGGAUGCUCCAAAGUGUGAAAGCAAGUAAGAGAUUCUAGAUGAUUCUUACCUGGUCUGAAAGAUGCCUUGAGGCCUGAAGUCUUCAAGCCUGAUGUCCCUGAAGAUAACUGAAACGGGAGAAGCCUGAUCACCUUCAUGCAAGUGAGGGAGUGAAUAUUAUUUCUGGAGAACCUGGACAUUAUUUCUGUUCAAGUGGCUUGCACGCUGGUGGGGGCCAGGAACAGCAUUUCUGGAAUCUUCCUAUCCAUUUUGAUGGCUUGUAGCAGAGAAGGUGGGCCUCAGGGUUAGUGACAAGCCCCUUCCUGCCCUCCCCAAUCCCCAACUCCCCUAUUGCAAUCUCACUAGCCUGGGCUCUGAGAUACAAGAGCUCCUCAGGAGCUCCUUGUCCAUUCUACAGCUUAAUCAUUAGCUGUUUAAUUUUAAGCCAAGAAUUUCUCUGCCCACCACAGCCAUCUAGACGAGUUGCACUAGCCAGGAACCAAAAAACACCUUCAGUGGGCUUCCCUAUGACCCUAGCUCUAGUGACCUUGUAGAAGGGGAAAGCCAAAGGGUUAUAAGGCAGCACCUAACCAAAAGGUGGGGAGAGGGCAGAAGAGAGGGAGUCUUCGACCUUUAUCUCCUUAUGCUUUUCCUUGUUGACCACUGACUGAGUUCUUUCUCUGGAUCUGGCCUCAAGGAUUUCUCCCUAACAUGAGAAUGGGGUGGUUCUGGCCCUCUGAACUUAUGGUCUAAGAGGAAGAGGAAUACAUAUGUACACACACAACAUAAACACACCUAAGAGUAAGUACUAAAUCCAUUCAUUUUAUACACACAUCUCAUUAGGGAAAGCAGAGGACUAAAAAGGAAUUUUUCUUUUGAAAGAGUGGGUAACAGAACAAAGUUAGGGAUGUCUAAGUAUCUAAGUUUACAUCAUAACUACUGAGUGGGGUAAGGGAUACAGAAGUAAAUAAGAACAUGGCUGCCUACACAUACAAACUCCCUGUGUUUAAGAACAGGUCACCACAGGGUUAGAAUAAUGACUGAUCCAGCCCAGGAUCCGUUUGACAGUGCACCAAGGGAGCAUAUUCAUGGUUUCCACAAAAAUUAAUGAAGCAAUUUAAAAAAAUUAUGUCUCAAAUAACCUCCCAUUUUUUUACCCUAAAGAACUGAAUGUUUUCUACUCCUUCAAUUUCAUUACCAAAUCCCACAUUAUGUCAGUUCCUAGAAGACCAUUAGACUAUCUUCUUAAUCUCCAUUCCACAGUGUAGACUUAGCCAGGGAAAAGAGACCCGGCUCACUUCUGAUCCAAAAGAAGAUGUCAACCCAGAAAAAUGGCUGACCUACACGACAGAACACAGCCAGAUUCCACUGCUAAAGGGCAUUUGUAAGUUAACAAAAGGACCAAAGUGUGCUGAAUCAGUUUAAUAAGUCUAACUCACUGGCCAGCGACUGAAGAACCAGGAUAUCAGAGUUUUCUGGGGGCAAUGGCUUUCUGGUGCAAUGACUCUUGAGCUUUCAUAGUUCACGAACCACUUCAGCAUAACAGAAGAUUC